AUGUCCUUUUUAAAUCAAAAGAAAGCGUCGCAGGGGAGAAAAAUAAAAAAAUAAAAAAAAUAAAAAUUAAUUUAAAAAAAAAAAAAAAAAACAGAGAGAGAAAAGAAUCUCUCUUUCUCUUUGGCUUUGCUCUUGCUCCUCGACGAUCCCAAAUCCAUUAGGGCUUCUAGCCGAUGCGAUUCUGAGCUCGGAGAGGGUUUGAAAGGUUCAUUUCCCAGAGGCUUUGCUUCAAAGUAGACUUGAAAAGAUGGACCAUGAUGAGACGGGAUGUCAAGCUCCACCUGAAGGUCCUAUAUUGUGCAUCAAUAAUUGUGGAUUUUUUGGAAGUGCGGCCACCAUGAACAUGUGUUCCAAGUGUCACAAGGACAUGAUUCUGAAACAAGAGCAGGCAAAGCUUGCUGCAUCAUCUAUUGGAAGUAUUGUGAAUGGUUCAUCGAGCACCAAUGGAAAUGAACCUGUUAUCGCUGCUGGUGUUGAUUUUCAAACCAACCAAGUGGAACCAAAAAUCAUCUCUGUGCAACCAUCCAGUGGAGAGAGCGAUGAGGCAAAGCCAAAGGAGGGUCCAAAACGUUGCAACACCUGUAACAAGCGGGUAGGUUUAACUGGUUUCAAUUGUCGAUGCGGUAACCUCUUCUGUGCAGUACAUCGCUAUUCUGACAAGCACAGUUGCCCCUAUGAUUACCAAACUGCUGCACGGGAUGCCAUUGCAAAAGCCAACCCCGUUGUCAGGGCUGAGAAGCUUGGCAAAAUCUAAUUCUGGAGUGAAGUUCUAUUCUGAUAUGUGGUGCAUGUUUUCAUUGAUGAGAUAGCUUCUGAGUUCGCUGCAAUAUCUUAUGAGGUACUAUCUUGUUAUGUCUACUGGGAGGCAUGGCAGUUAAGUGAUCUCUGCAGAUUGAAGAACUCUAUAUUUGUUGUGAUUGGCGAGAAUUUCAUAAGUUGGAUCCAGUGUCUUUUAAGUUGUAAUCCCUGAUGGUUUGGUGGACGUUAUCAUGAUUAGCUUUGUAAUGUGUCUAUUCUGUUUCUGGCAUUUCUCUGUAGUAGUACAUGUCAGUGGUAUGUGCAAAUCUCAGAUGAUAUGGAAGGCAUUCAUGGAUAAUAUGUGGCGAGCACUGUAAAUUAUUGGUAUGGCUAUUACGCAUAAUCCUAGUAACUACGAUACUCUUUCACUGUGCA